AUGCAAGCCUAUUUUGGGAAUGGCUCCUUCUAUACUUUCAAUAUCUCUAAUGAAAGGCAAGCUUUCUCCGAAGAUUCCAGAAUAAUUCAAGCUGUGUUGAUGUCCUGCAUGAUCAGUGUAACAGGAACAGGAAAUGCUCUGGUGAUUCUUGGUUUUAUAAUAAAUAAAAAACUUAGGACUCCAAGUAACUACUUUCUAUUAAACCUGGCCAUUAGCGACUUCUUCACAGGUACUUUCUCUCUCCCACUCUACCUGAAGAAUUUCAUUAUCAACAAAGAAUGGGUUCUUGGAAAACAUAUUUGCAAGCUUUGGCUUACAGUCGAUUAUACCUUGUGUCAGUGUACAGUUUAUAACAUUGUUCUCAUCAGCUGUGACCGUUUUCUGGCAGUCACCAGGGCUGUAAAAUAUCGUGAUCAGCAAAAUAAAAUGAAACUGGCUUCUGUGAAGAUGAUUUCUGUCUGGAUUAUAGCCUUUCUUAAUUUUGGCCCAGCAAUAAUAAUCUGGGAGUAUGUGGUGGGUUACAGCGUAGUACCAGAAGGAGAAUGUAACCCAGAAUUUUACACAAGCCGCUACUCACUUUACUCCUCCAUUUUUGACUUUUUCACUCCAAUGACAGCAAUUGCAUUUUUUAACCUCAGUAUAUACUUUAAUAUCAGGAGUAGAAUGAAGAAUAAAGUCCCAUCUCUUGACAAUAAUCCAACUGUUUUAUCAGAAGGUUUAGGAAGCAAUGACAUAUUUGUUAUAGAUUGUAAAGAAGACAAUUUAACUAGUCUGGCAGCUUUGAAACAACCCAAUCGGGAUCUUUGUACAAAUAAGCACAACUUCUUAAGAUAUUUUGUAGCGAUUUGUAAAAGAAAUCAUCCUCAACCAGCUGCAAAAACCAGUGAAAUGUCAAAAAGAGUUCGGACCUUGGAUUCUGCCAGAAACUCAGCAUUGUCCAAGGACAAGAAAAUGGCAAAAUCAUUAGCUCUGCUUGUGUCUCUGGUGCUGGACUUGCUUAAGACACAGGGGGAGUCAAUCUCUGUAUACCUCAAUAACAUUUGCUCAGGAAGCAGUUGCAAUGUAUUGCUGGAAUAUAAGGUCUGGAAGGGUAGAGACUUGCAAGCUGUCAAAAAGACACUAGAUAUCUUGGUGUCAGGGCUGGGCUCAGCCAUUCCUUCUCAGAGCAGGCCGCUCAGCUGUCGGGUAAUUGCCAGCUCCACUCUUUUCCACAGUGAUUCACCUGAUGAUGAUAUCCUGUUCAUCAGUCCUGCUGGUUACUUAAGCUGUUCAGUUCAGUUCCUCUCUGCCUUUGCCUUGGUCAACACAUCCAGGGACUCUCUCCUGUGUACCUGUUGA